AUGUGGUGGUUACUGCAGCGGCUACUGGCGUCCUUGAUCUGCAGGAGCGGCCCCAUUCCGCAGCACCUGGCCAUCGUGAUGGAUGGCAACAGGCGGUUCGCUAAGCAGCAGGGCAGGGAAGCGGAGGAGGGGCACAAAGACGGCUUCCAAAAGCUUGUCGAAGUGCUGAGAUGGUGCUUGGACCUGGGCAUCCGAUACGUGAGCGUGUACGCCUUCAGCACGGAAAAUUUCAAGAGGUCACAACGGGAGGUCGAGGCGCUAAUGCAGCUUGCAGAGAUUAAGUACAAGGAAAUGAUCGAGGAAAAUGGUUUUUGCCAAGACACUGGAAUGGAAGUGCGGGUGUUGGGCGACAUGUCAAUGGCACCACCAAAUCUGCAGGAAGCUGCAGCCCGAGUGAUGACACACAGUGCCCAACUGAAGAACAAGCAAGGAGUGCUAAACAUCUGUUUUGCAUAUACGUCCAGCCAUGAUAUGGCAGAGGCUGCUGGUGCCAUGCAAGAUGGUCUUUCUGAUGGCUCCCUGCAGAUGAACGACAUCAGUGAGUGCCUGCUCGAGCGAUGCCUGUGUGCAGGCGGUGACCCACCAGUGGAUCUCGUUGUUCGCACAUCUGGAGAGACACGUCUCAGCGAUUUCCUGCUGUGGCAGAGCCGCUGUGCACACAUCCAUUUUUCAGAAGCUCUGUGGCCUGCGCUCUCUUUCCGCCAUUUUGCGGCUGCCAUACUGGAGUUUCAAAGGCACGCAGACACUCGUGAGGACCUUCGAAACGAGGCACUUGCAUAUACAGGUGGAAACAGUAGUGGAAAUGGAGGCCAGGUUGGCAGCAACCACGUGGGGUCAUCGCGUGCGCACGAAGGAUUGCUUUCUGCAGUCUUCAAUGGUGCCGCAGCCAGCUGGGCCGCCUCGCUCCAGGGCUUGCUAGACAUCCUUCAGGAGCAUUCAGUGAAGAUGAUGGGAAAGGACAUAAUCAGGAGGUGUGAGGCGGAUAGCAAUGGCAAUCUGCAGCAGAAUGGGCACAGUGAGAUUGUCAACGGCCGCUACUGGGUGAAUGGCGCAGUGCGCGAUGAGGUGGGGACGUUGGGCGGUAUUCUUGGAAAGAUGCCAGCCCCUUGCACCCCAGGCAUGGGACCAGAGUCGGGAGCGAAGAAUGGAGUGACGAGGAGACGCGGAAAAGGAAGAGAAAAUGGUCGAAAGGCGUGCGACAAGACACCUGUUUGUCUCUCACAUGUGUCGGAUUCUUGCGGGCAGCGUGAACAAGGAGUAGAUAGCGGUGAGGGCGCCUCGCCUGGCCUCACAGGCCGUGCGCAGGCGUUUAUUGAAAGGAGAAGAGAGCAAUGGUGGAAAUGGGUAACAGCAAAGGGGGGCGAGGAGGUGGAUCGGACGUUCAGGGAGGAUGGCUGCUAG